GCGUCUUCACUGGCACAUAUUCGUGUCUGGUUGGGAGAAUGCUCGGUUCACAGCCAAACUUGCAAUACUCUAGACGAUGAUAUCUCGAAAUCUCAAAAAUCUUAUCAGUUUUAUUCGAGACAGUGAAGAAGAAAUAAGUCGAGGUAACAGAAGCCCUAUGCAAAGAAAUUUGGUGGACGUACAUUUAAAGCAUCAAAGCACUUUGAUACGGGAACUAGUGUUUUUGGAACUGAAUCAAAUUUAAAACAGUGUAAACAGGUGUUUAACGAUUUACCCUUCUUCUGCGUCACACCACUAUACAUAUUCGUGCUUGAACUCAAGAUACGCUUCAAACGAUUUCAAGAUUCAGAGAGUGCGUGUGCGCGCGGGUGCUGCGAAGACGUUACCGGUUUAGAAGAGUGGAUAAUAUUAACGAAUUUCAAAACUGUGUCGUGCCUAUCGAUCUCUCCCUGUUCAUCAUCUGACAUAGUUGAAACAUGAAUAUCAGAAACUCGUAUCUGUUCGCGAAAAACAACAGUAUGUUCCUCUUCGGAUGUUUCAUGGUGCCCACGGUCCUGGCAGUGAUCGAGGAACCGUUGAUCAAAGAUCACUAUACUCAAAAAGGUAGCCUUGGACAUAAAGGAUGGUUCAAUACAUCAAAUAUGUCUCUGAGUCAAUAUCGAGAUCGAUCUGCCAAACUAAUGGACACUUUACUCCUUGGCCAACCAGUUUACGACGUAAGCCAGGCUCUCUUCGAGUGUGAUUUGUUGUUAGAUCACAAAAAAAACGAAACGGAAUCUCAGAUGGCUGUCGAGAAAAUGAUUAACAUUGAAAAAACACGACAAUCAACAUUCGGAAUUAAAAUAUCUGAAUUGAAUGGUGCAAAGAACGAUGACAUUGCAGGGUUUAAUAAAAAUGCCAAGGUCAAAAUAUGUAUUCAGCAUCGUCGUCUCGUGUCACUCGAAGUGUUGAUAGAAGGCGAGGUACUCGGGAGUGAUUGCACGGAAGUGAAGGUCAACUCCAGAAUACACUCGAUAUCACUUCGUCGAUUCGGUAUCUCCACUUUCGCCAAAGGGUGGUAUCGUCUUAAGAGUUUGCCCGUGCAUUUCCUGGAUCUCAGCAACAACGACAUAGUGAAUAUGACGAGCGAAUUAUUGAAUGAUCUUCCGGCAGAUGUCAGCAGCGUUAGCCUCGCUGAUAACCAAAUCGAGCGUCUAGAAGCGGGCAUAAUAUCCAAUAAGAAUUUGCGUCAGUUGAACUUGGAGAACAACUUCAUAAGUUACAUUGCGGAUGGCGCUUUGCUGGGUACAAAACUUUCAAGACUUUUCCUAAGCAUUAAUCAACUGACACAUACACGGUUCGCAGCAACCCUGCCGUCCAGUCUAAGGGAAUUAACCUUGGCCCAGAAUCAAAUUCAUGAAAUAUGGCCUCUUUCAUUUGUUAAGCUUAAUAACUUGGAAUAUCUUAAUUUCGCUGAGAACAACAUAAGCAAUAUUGAGACUGAAUCUCUGCGUGGCCUUUCAUCCGUGAGCCGACUUGUCUUCGUAGAAAAUAAUAUAAAAUCAAUAAAACCAGGCUCCUUCAACGAUCUCAAAAAGCUGGUUUCUUUGAAUCUCUAUAAAAAUAAUUUGACAAGCUUAGAAUCAGGAAUUUUCGGUAAUUUGAAAAAUCUGAAAUAUUUGAAUAUUGGAUUCAAUGAGUUUACGAAAAUAAGACCAGAUUUUUUCCGUGGUCUGUCUGUCACGUUGCAAAUGUUAUAUUUGGAUUUCAACCGAAUUGAAAGUCUGGAAUCAGGCACUUUUAUCAAUGUACCAAAGCAUCGUUUAUCCCUGAGGGGUAAUAAAAUAACAACGAUACAAAAGGGAAGUUUUAACUUGCCGCAUCUUCAAGAACUUAAUCUGGAAGCCAAUGCCUUAAGCAUCUUAGACGGCGAUGCUUUCGAGAGCUUAAGUAAUCUUCGAUUUUUGACAUUGAGGAAAAACUGUAUAAAGAAAAUCGUCAACUUUUUAUUCUGGAAAGAUCAAACACUCCGGUUGAAAAGUGGCAAGCUUGUGGUUUUUUUGAACUGUCAGAAACAGGGGUAUCCGUUGUUGAAAUGUUAACAUAGCUAGUGCUCGGAUCGUAAGAUAUAAUUUUCAAGGACUCAACUGAGUGCUUAGUAUUUUGUUGCCAUUGUGCCACACCUUUACGGUACAAAGCUCAUCUCCUUCAAACUGUUAUGUUGAGAGAUCCCUGCAUGGAUCCAUUUUGUAGUGGCAUAUUAUCUUCGAUAAGUUUUAUUCAUUUUAUCAAUAAAUUUCAUAAUUAUCAGUUUGGAUGAUCAACGGAUUUGCAAAAUAAGAAGAAAACCAAAAUAAAAGUAAAAUAAGAAGGCCAAAAGUAUCGAAAAACUAUUCAGCUUUUUCCGUAGCUUCAUAAAUCCAGAAAAUAUCGAUUGUCUAUUGAAAAUCGUGAAAUUACACGUAAUCAGGGGAACGAAAAGUUUGUCCACUCUGAAUAGUUCGAGCACACCUGGUGCAUGAAUCGACUCAGCAGCUUUCUGGCCUAUUCAGCAUCGACGUAUGUAACAUUCGGUGCAAUACGUUGCCAAUAGCUGGCAACUCUUCGACCGCGUACGUGGGUUUGAAGGCAGUUCCGUUAUUUAUCAGACUUGUAAUUACACAUUCGAAGGUAUUACCAUAAUCCACUUUGGUAAAUAUCGAGGGGAUAUUCGGCUGGAAGGAAGAGUCAAAACGAGAUGACGUGAGGAACUCUACCGAAGCGGAGAUAAGUUUUAAGCUUCGAGGGAGCGGGAAAAUCUGGUCUUGUGCGAGGGUAAGAGGAUGAGGAAAAGAGCGCUGGAAACGAGAAACGUAUAUUUUCCACAAUAAAGUUGAGGUCGGAAAAGUCAAGGGUUUGGAUUUGUUGCUUGACGUUACGUUCACCGAGUCCGGCCGAGUUGAAUACCAUGUGCCGGUUUUAUAAUGCACACUUUCAAAAAAAGCGAGAUCUGUAGAUAUACGUAGUAAGUAUAUAUUUCGCUUUAUAUAUGUAGAGGGGAUUGAGAAGUGCCAGAUGCAUUUCUACUCGUCGCAUUCAUAUCUUAGUGCGGUGGUGCAAGGUUCUGUGACUUGCUAUAUGACGUCAUAAAACGGGGGUAAUCCUAUCUCGUCUAUAUAAUAUAUCCCUUAAUAUCUUUUUCGUUUCCAACUCGUUUUCUUUCUCUCUUCCUCUUUCCUCCUCACAGAGGGCUCUUUCUCGGUCUGUCUCCACUGUGUCUUUAACGUGCUAUGAAUACGUUCAUACCAAAAGUGUAUUAACGUUCAGGGUGAAAAGAUCUUUCCAAUUCAAACGAGUGCAGUGGAUUCAGGAUGUUUUGCUUUUUGUUCUCUCUCAUCUGUCACUCGGAGGUUCAUUUUUUUGCCUGAUAGCCCGAUGCCUGAUUAUGAAUAUUGUUUCUUGUUUGUUUAAGCGUUUCGCUCGUUAACUCAUUUUGGUUGUUCAAUAUAUUUAGAUGAAUUUUACUGGAAACAUGUACGAUAUGAAUGUCAUUAAACUAAAUAGCAGAAUU